AUGAUAUAUGGCGUUUUAUAUGAACAUUCAAUAACAAUAAUACGUCAAUCAUCAUCGUUCAAAAUUGAUUAUCUUGUUUUAAUACUUGCACAACACAAUAUGAUUGAUAGUUCAUCAAUAAUAUCAUCAUCAGAUAAUAUUCUUAUUGAACUUGUUGCAGAAUUCUAUGAACGUACUAAACAAUUAUUAAAAUUACAAUAUGAAUUGUUACUUUUAUUAUGUCCAUUACCAUGA